AUGAUUUUGCACUCAAAUGUUUCUAUAUUUUUUAAAAUAAUAAUUUUUAUCUUAAUUUAUGUAAUAUAUUAUGGAAGUACAUUUGACGUACCAUGUACACAAAAAUUAAUAGGACAACAAUGUUUAUUUGAUGAAGAAUGUUAUGGAAUCAAUUCUUUUUGUCGUGAUGGUCGAUGUUCAUGUCCAACAAAUUUUGAAGAAUAUGAUGUUAAUGAACAAACUCGUGUUUGCCGUGUUGCUCCAAGUAAAAUAGGAGAUUCAUGUCAAAGAGAUUGUAAACCACCAUUAUUAUGUCGUGAUGGUAAAUGUGAAUGUUGGGGUGGUAGUAUUGUUAAUGGAAAAUGUGUUGUUGCAUGUCCCACUGGAUAUCAAUUGUAUGGUGUUGAAUGUACUAGAGUUGCUCAUUGGAAUCAACAAUGUGAAAAAGAUAAUCAUUGUGUUGAUCCAUUUAAUGCAUGUUUAGGUGGAAUAUGUCAAUGUGCUCCUGGAACAGUUAGAGAUAAUUUAAGAAAAAAAUGUGUUGCUGUAUGUCCUGAUGGACAAAAACCUAAACAAUCUUGUAGAAGACUUUUUAUUAAUGAUAUUGAUAUGCUUGAAAAUGCUGCUUCAACAGAUAGUUGUCCUUCAGGAUAUAGAUGUUCAGUAUAUGGAAGUCCAUAUAUUGGUCAUUGUUGUAAAUUAAAAUGCCCUUAUGGAGAACCUGACUUAACACAAUCAUGUGAUAAUGGUGUUUCUGAAAAUGAAAAAUGUAGAUCAUUAACUCAUUUUUGUUAUACAAUAUCAGAACCAGGAUGGAAAAGUUCAUUAUGUUGUCCAAGACCAUGUAGAAAUCCAACACCAUUAUAUCUUAAUGGACGUUGUGUAAGUUUGGCACAUCGUGAAGAUGCCUGCCAAAUUGAUCAACAAUGUGAAGGUGGAAUUACAAUGCAAUGUAUUUUAGGAGUUUGUGAUUGUAAAUUAGGUUAUAAACCUAAUAAUGAUGAUCGUUUUCCGACUUGUGAAAAAAUUUGUAGUUUAGAAGAAAUUGCAGUAGGAGAUCGUUGUUUGACUAGAUCAUCUUUAGGAGAACGAUGUAUAUCCGACAAACAAUGCCCAAAUUUUUCGGAAUGUCGUUAUGGUAUUUGUCAAUGUUCAUGUGGUUAUCGGCAAACAGAAUCUUUAUUAGGACAACGUUGUUCUAAUCCUGAAGAUCCAUUAAGUUUAAAUACAAUUUUAUCAGGAGUUGAAGAAUUAUUUGGGAAUAGAGGUCGCGAUAAUGGAAACAGUUAA